GAAUCAGAAAGACUAUUUAUCCCCAAGGGGCAAUUAAGAUACAACAGAGCAGCAUGGCAUUGAAGAUAAGGACAGGGCAUAAACAGGCACUAAGAGUGAGAUAAUAAAUACACAGAAUAUACAGUAUAUACACAGUUUUAAAAUUAAAGUGACUGAAGGUGAAUAAAUAACUGUAAGUGACUAAAAGUGAGUAAAGUGUCUGCAGUAUAAAAAGACUGUAGAGUAGUUUAUGUUUAUGGGUGUGGGAAAUGGUCUAAGCAGGGUGGCUUUGGGGACAAAGGUGGCUCUCCUCCUCUCAGUCCUGCAGGAAAUGCAGCGGAGGCGUCGCCCAGCGAGGAGCCAUUGAAAUGCAGGGGAAGAAUGUGAGAGGGGUCGUUGAUGAAAACCUGUGCCAGAGUUCUGACAGGCAGGCCAAUGAUUUUAGAUCACACUGAUGCAGUGUGCUGCAGUCUGUUCCUGUUCAGAAGGCUGAGGUAAUGGAACCAGCAGGUAAUGGCGAAAGUCAUGAUGCUUUCCAGAAAGGCAUAGUAAAAAGUCAUAAUGAUGGGUGUGCUGACUGCAAAGGAGUUUCCUCACAUAUCACAUAAAAAAUCAGCAUUUGUGCUCCUGACUGAUUGCUACACUGAAUUCUGGGUUGCCAUCAGAGAAUCUAAUAAUACCCAGGCAAUAGCCUAAGACAGGAAGGGCAGAGAUAUUCACGCCACCUCAGGCUGAUGCACAUGUGAAAACACCCACAAAUCAGUAACAAUUUGAGUCAAAGUCCCUCAGUUACUGUUUACAGCUGGCAUAAAGCUCCUCCACUUCCAAAGGUCGUAUUAUUUGUAAACCAAAGAAGCAGCAUUUACGUGGGGACACGCUGCAUCAUGAUGGAGAGAGUGCUGUUAUUGUUGGGAUUAGUGGUUCUGCACACUUCAUACACUAUACCAAUUUCCCCUGAAGUACACGAGGUGUAUGAGAAUGGAGAAGAUGAGAAUCCUAUCUUAAACUUGGGAUCAGAUGCCAACCUGUUUGAAGGGGACAUUUUAAUUCCCAAAGGGAGGAAUGCCCUCAUUGACCGAAGAUACAGAUGGAAAUUUCCGAUCCCUUACAUUCUUGGUGAUGAUUUGGAUCUGAAUGCCAAAGGCUGCGUCCACCAGGCAUUUGAAAUGUACAGGCUCAAGUCUUGCGUUGACUUCAAGCCUUAUGAGGGAGAGAAGACCUACAUCAAGUUUGAAAAGAGAGGAGGGUGCUUUUCUAGUGUUGGUGACCAGCAGACAGGUCAGAUCCUGUCACUGGGACCAGGCUGUGACCACAAGGCGGUGGUUGAGCAUGAGCUGCUCCAUGCGCUGGGAUUUUACCAUGAACAAUCCCGCAUGGACCGGGAUGACUAUGUCAACAUCUGGCUGGACCAGGUUACGCCAGGACUUCAACAUAACUUCAACAAAUACAAUGACGACUUCAUCACUGAUCAAAACACUGCAUACGACUAUGAGUCCGUCAUGCACUACAGGCCCUUCUCCUUCAAUAAGAAUGAAUCCAUCCCCACUAUCACCACCAAAAUCCCAGAGUUCUACAAUAUUAUUGGCCAGUACCUUGAUUUCAGCAAGAUGGACACCCUCAGGCUCAACAGGAUGUACAACUGCUCUGGCCCGCUCACCCUGCUGGAUCAGUGUGCCUUUGAGUAUGCAAGCAUUUGUGGGAUGAUCCAGGCCUCCUCUGAUGAUGUGAAGUGGGUCCACACUCAGAGCUCUGCAGGCGCACUGGAUCACACACUCCUGGGACAAUGCAGAGAUGCUGGAUACUUCAUGCACUUCAACACUAUGACUGGGGAGCCUCAGGAGUCUGCUAUGCUGGAAUCACGAAUCCUCUACCCCAAGAGGAACCUUCAGUGUCUGCAGUUCUUCUACAAGAUGACAGGGGGCCCCGCGGACAGGCUGGUGAUAUGGGUCAAGACAGAUGAUGGCACAGACACUGUUCGCAGGAUGAAGAAAAUACGCACUUUUUAUGCGGAUGCUGACCAUACGUGGAAGAUCACCCAUAUUCAGUUGGAAGUGGAUGUGAAAUUCCGCUAUGCUUUCCAAGCUGUGCGUGGGGACCCCUCUGCUUCCACCGGUGGCAUCUAUAUCGAUGACAUCAGCCUGACCGAGACGCGCUGUCCCAAUGCUGCGUGGCGAAUCCAGAACUUCUCCAAGAUCAUGGAAAUGGCUGACACCAGCACAGUUAUCGACAGCCCACGCUUCUACAGCCCUGAAGGUUACGGUUAUGGUGUUCGUGUCAUACCUUUGUCAAGUUACACUGAUUACACAGGCAACUACACCGGGCUGUACUUCCACUUGGCCAGUGGGGAGAAUGAUGUGGUGAUGCAGUGGCCAGCAGUAAACAGACAGGCCACGUUAGUGGUGAUGGACCAAGACCCAGACAUUAAGCUGAGGAUGUCCUCUGCUCGCAGUCUCACUACUGACAUGAGGACGACAUCAGAUGGAAAGUUACUGUGGGACAAUCCCUCUAAGGUGGGGAAGUACGACCCCUCCUGUGACUGCUACAGGGGACAGUCGUGGGGCUGGAGGAACUUUAUCAAGCACUUUGACCUCAGGCGCCGUAAUUACCUUAAGAAUGAUGACCUCAUAAUUUUUGUCGACUUUGAGGAUAUAACCUCACUGAUCUACACUGAAGUCCCCAUUAAGCCGGUAGAGUAAAAUCGCGCAGGCCUCAGUGCUGGAGAAACUGAAGAUGCAUCACAGCAUCCAGCUGGGAUGAGACGAAACACCUGUGAUGAUGAAAAAAGGGGAUGAAGGAUGAUUGGGGCUUCAAAACUGCUCACAUUCAAAAUCUAGUCAGUUGGUGGGUGAUCUGAACAUUCAAUUUAAAAUAUGCAUUAAAAGCUUUCACUGAAAUGUUUUGUAAAGUAAAGCUGUUAAAAUAAAACUAUAAACUAGUAAACUAUGUCUUUCCAAUGUGAUGGUUGUGUGAAGUUUGGUCAGAGGGUUCCUUUGUAAGUGUGCAUGUGCCAUUAGCGUACUGCCUACUGUAACCUAUAAUUUUCUUCAGGAUUAAUAAAGUAUUUCUGAUUCUGAAAA